GAUGCUUCCUAGUGACCAUUGAAUCAGCGAAAAUAGUUUUCGGUUAAAGUCUGGUCCGAAGCGGCAAUCGCAGGGAAAAGAAAAAGAUCAAUAGAAAUGGCGGCCUCUUCGCCGGCCCCAAGCAACAGCACAGACACCACCACCACCACCACCGCCGGCGGAACCAACAGCACCAUCGCAACAGCCGCCACUUCACAGCGUUCCGACCCACCGAAGCAGAACCUUCGCGGUCUCAAUAAGCCCAAGUGCUCCAAGUGUGGCAACGUCGCACGGUCCAGGUGCCCAUACCAGUCAUGCAAAAGCUGCUGUGCAAAGGCUCAAAAUCCAUGUCAUAUACACGUUCUGAAAGCAAAUGCAAUUUUUCCGGACAAGACACCAUCCUCAGGCUCUCCUAUGUUCAAUCAGCAGUCUACUGAGGUGUCUUCCACGAGUUCUGGACUUGGUUUUAGAGCUUCACUGAGAGCCUCUUCAAUUCGUCAACUUUCCAACAACUUUGCACAAUUCAAUGGAGCCCAAGUUUCACUCCGUUCAAGGAGGCCGCUGACUAGAAAGGAUGCUGCAGUUAUAAAUCAAUGGAGGUUUUCCAAGCUGAAUGAGUACAAGGAACGAAACAUGGAAGCUGAAAAUGAAGCUUUUGAUAGAUACAUGCAGAAUGUUGGAUUAUUGGAGGAAGUCUUCCCGGUAGGUUCUUCCGAACCUACUGCAGAUAUGUUGCCUGCCUUGGAACCAACCUUGAGUUUUGGGGAGGACAACACACAGAGAAUGAUCUCAGGGUUAAAAAUGAGGUUAAGUUCAAAUCAAGGAAGAAAAGAUGCCUUCAGACAGAAAAUAGAAGAACUUGUUGAUGGGGGGUUGAAGAAGUUGCUGAAGUCAGAAUGCAGUUAUGAGGGGGGACAAGCCAGUGCUGAUGAUGUGGAUGACCAAAAGGAGCAUAAGAGGCCAAAGAGAGCAAUAGAUUGGCGAGCUGAAAGGGCUUCAAAAGUAAAUGAUCUUAUUGAUAAAUUGAACAAGGCUCGAAAUGAGGAGGAUCUGAAAUCCUGUUUGGUGAUGAAGUCAGAGUUGUUUAAUCAGCUUGAGAAAGCCGAUCUAACACAAAGGAAGGAGGUUGAGGUAUGUGAGGAGAAAAAUGAAGAAGAUAUUCCUGCACCCAAACAAGUGUCUGAUAAUUUUCUGCCUAGAUCGUACAAAGAGGUUGUAAUUAAUCAAGAAACUUUAUGUAGUGUUGACAUGCAUUUUUCUUCCCUUGAUCAAAUAGCGAGUCUUUGAUAUUGAGGUGGAGAUCCAAGCGUACAACCUGGAAGUUUCAUAGGGAUGUCCAGCUAGCUCGGAAGAUGUAUUAUUAACCUGAAGGUUGCUGAGAUUUGAUUGGUCUAUCAUGAGGAUCAGAAAGUUUUGUAGGUCUCAAAGAAAUAGGUUAAUUGAUCGUCAUGCUGUGAUAUUGUGGACUUGUGUAUUAUGUUCGCAGAAAUCGCAGUUCUGAAUAUGAGAUGCCCCUGCAAAAUCAUCUUCGUAGCUAACUGCCAUUUUCGCAAAGAUGUCUAGUAUUUGCAUCAAAAUUCCAAUUAUAGGUUUUUAUCCCUUUUGUA